AAUAAGUACUCGGCUCCCGGCAGCGUCGCCGUCAUGGGGAAGGACUACUACAAGAUUUUGGGCAUCCAGUCCUGCGCCAACGAGGAUGAAAUCAAGAAAGCCUACCGGAAAAUGGCCCUGAAGUAUCACCCCGAUAAGAAUAAAGACCCCAGCGCCGAGGAGAAGUUCAAGGAGAUUGCGGAGGCUUACGAUGUCCUGAGCGACCCCAAGAAACGAGCCGUUUACGACCAGACGGGGAGGAAAGGUCUCAAAACUGGAGGUGGCUCCUCAGGCGGCUCAGGGAACACUUUCCACUACACCUUCCAUGGAGACCCCCAUGCCACCUUCGCCUCCUUCUUCGGGGGCUCCAACCCCUUCGACAUCUUCUUCGCCAGCAGCCGCUCCCGGAUGUUCAACGGCUUCGACCAGGAGGGGGCCGCCCCCCGGGACAACACCCCCGCCGACAUCGUCUUCAUCCUCAAGGACAAGCCCCACUCGCACUUCAAGAGGGAUGGGACGAAUGUGAUCUACACGGCAAACAUCAGUCUUAAAGAG